GGCAGUAACAGUAAUUUUCAAGUAUUCCUGCAGGGCGCGGCCCCGCGGUGCCCCGUCCCCGGCCUCUCCUCGUCCUCAGCGGGAAAUCGCCAGCCCGCCUCGAGCGCGGCUCGGAGGACCCGCCGUGGCAGAGCGCGGCGACCGGGACGCAGCCGCCCUGAGGCCCGGUGUCCCGCGCGGGGCCCGCACGGCGGGCUCGGGGGAAGCCGCUGGGCUCGCUGUCCACCGCGGAGGGCGCCCGCGCCUCGGCCUCGGGGUCCAGCCGCCCCGGAACCGCCCCUGAGGGAGCCGCGCGCCGUCCACUCUAAGGCUGGAACCUCGGCCAAAGGGCAGCCGCGGGUCCGCACGCCUUUUCCCCGCGCACAGACGCCCACGAGAACGCGCCGCGCCGCGGGAGCGCGUGGAGCUCCGUCAGGGGCGGGCGGGCCUGGGGGUGUGUCCAGAGCCGAGGCGGGCGGGGCCUGCGGCGUUGGGCGGGGCCGGCUGGGGCGGAGUGGGCGGGGCUGCCUGGGGCCGGGCCGUGGUCAGGCUCGGGACCGGACGCUGCCUGCCAGCAGGGGGCGACUGCACAGGCGAGGCCCGCGCCCCCACAGGCCCCCGGCCGUCUGCCGGCCUUGCUGGGCCGCCGGGCCCCUCCCUCGGUCGUGCCGCGGUCACGCCCUGCGCGCCCGGGCUGGAGCACCUACCUGAGCCGCAGGUGCAGUGUCGCCAUGUCCUCGCUCGGGGACCAGGUGCGCACCUGGCACCGGGGCGUGCAAGCCGUGGCGCGCGGGGACUGGCCCGGCGCCUUGCGCCUCUUCUCGGAGGUCCCAGGGCCUGCCGCCAGGAUGAGCUUCAACGUGGGCUGCGUGCACCUGCUGGCCGGGGACCCCGAGGCUGCGCUGCGGGCUUUCGAUCAAGCGGUGACCAAGGACGCCUGCCUGGCCGUUGGCUUCCUGCAGCGAGGCGUGGCCAGUUUCCAGCUGAAGAGGUUCCAGGAGGCCCUGUCCGACUUCCGGCUGGCCCUGGUGCAGCUCAGGGGCAACCCUACCAUUGACUACACGCAGCUGGGCCUGCGGUUCAGGCUGCAGGCCUGGGAGGUGCUCUACAAUGUGGCGGCCGCUCAGAGCCAGCUGGGCCUCUGGAGUGAGGCUGCCAGCAGCCUAAGGGAGGCCGUGUCCAAGUGGCCAGAGGGUGCCCACAGCGGUCUGGACACUGCCUUGGACCAGGUGCAGAAGCAGACGCCCCUGCAGCCGAGGCAGGUCCCCAGGGGUGAGGUCUUCCGGCCCCACAGGCGGCACCUGGAGCACCUGGAGCCCGUGGACUUCCUGGGCAAGGCCAAGGUGGUGGCCUCUGACGAGGAGCCUCGCCCGGACGUCCAGCCUCAGCGGCCGGAGGGACUGGGAGCGGACGGUGAAGCCAGCGCCAGGGCUUCCCCACGGGCCCGAGUCACAGAGCCCCCCAGAGCCGCUGCCUGCCACGGCCCCACAGAUGCGGACUCGGGGGCCAGCCCCAGCCCAGCGGGGCGGGCUGACCAGGGCUCGGCUCCGACCCGCCAGGAGCAGGGUGCGGCUGUGGGAGACCCCGAGUCCCUGGUGACGGUCACCGUGCAGUGUGCGUUCACCGUGGCGCUGAGGGCCCGACGAGGAGCCAACCUGUCCAGCCUGCGGGCCCUGCUGGCCCAGGCCCUCCCUCACCAGGCCCAGCUGGGGCAGCUCAGUUGCCAAGCCCCAGGCGACGCGGGGUCCUGGGUGCCCAUCUACGGGGAGGAGUCGCUGCAGAGGGCGUGGCAGGUGUCCGGCCGCAGGGGGCUGCAGCUCCAGUGCAGGGGGGCUGGGGGCCGGCCCAUCCUCUACCAGGUGGUGGCCCAGCACCGCUACGCAGCCCAGGGGCCCGAGGACUUGGACCUCCAGCCGGGGGACACGGUGGACGUCCUGUGUGAAGGUGGGGCACGCACCACCCCUCCCACCCUGGGGCCCCCGGGGACUCGGCCGGGGACUGGAGCUGUGGCUUCCCCUGCAGUGGACGAGGCCUGGCUGGAGGGGCACCGCGAGGGCCACAUCGGCAUCUUCCCCAAGUGCUUCGUGGCCCCGGCUGGCGGGCGCCUGUGAGCCCCGGGAAGCCACGCCCAGACACCUUGCGGCGAGAGCAGCUUUAAUAAAACUCCCCCACCCCCACA